CUUUCUGCCCGGUGCUGGUUGUGAUACGAGUCACUGAGAGAUUUGACGAGUGUCGAGAUAUCGUGUUCAUUGAAAAUAGAAUCCUUAGUUUUUAAGGGACAUGUUUAGUGUCCUCUGGUAACCAAUACUAAGAUGAGUGAUGAUAUGUUUGACCCUGAAAAAUUUGUUCUUGCUAUGGAUGUUGGCACAAUGAAUGUUCGUUGUCACAUCUAUGAUAAAUAUGCUAAUAUCAGAGGGGAAGGACAUGGCGUAAUGAAGCUGCAGUUUCCAUACCAUGGGUGGGUUGAACUUGAGCCAGGUGUUUUGUGGAAAACUUUUAUUGAAGUUAUGAAAGACGGGAUACAAAGUGCUGGAGUAAAACCUGAUCAGAUUGCUUGUAUUGGAAUAAGCACACAUAGGGGAACAUUUACAAAUUGGGACAGAGAGUCGGGACGGCCAUUUCAUAAUUUCAUCACAUGGAAGGAUAUUAGAUCAGAAAGUUUAUGUAAAAUGUGGAACAACUCUUUGAAGAUGAAGUUUUUAAGAAGAGGGGCUAAGUUUUUGCACUUUAUCACCAGAAGAAAACGCUUUUUGGCAGCGAGUAAAUUACAUUUUCGGUCAGGAAUGGUUGUUAUGAGAUUGCUUUGGAUAUUACAGCAUAUUUCAAAGCUUAAAGAAAGAGCAGUGGAGGGACAAGCUAUGUUUGGAACAUUGGACACUUGGUUGUUAUGGAAACUUACAGGAGGCAAAGUUCAUGUCACUGACAGCUCAUGUGCUUCAAUUAGUGGAAUGUAUGACCCAUUUCAGUGUAUUCUAGUUUCUGAACAUGCCAAGGACAAUUUGUUUGUUAAGUUUUGA